CCCUCUCCCACCUCACCAUCCUCAAAACAUCACCACCACCACCACCACCACCACCAUGCCCGGCCUAACCCCCACCCAACUCGCCACCUUCCGAGCAAACGGCUACCUCGUGCUACCCAACUACCUCACCCCGGAAGAAAUCACCGCCUGCCUGACCGAAACCGACCAACUCCUCACCACCUUCGACCUCUCCACGCACCCCCUCACGCAAUUCACGACCGGCGACGACCCCCGCGCCUCCACCUCCCACGUUGGCGACUCCUACUUCCUCACCUCCGGCGACAAAAUCCGCUACUUCUUCGAACCCGACGCCUUCACCACCCCCUCCCCCACCCCACCAACCCGCACCCCACCCCGACCCUCAGCAAACCCAAACACCUCGCCCCUCAACGCCAAGAACGCCGCCAUCGCGGACUCCCUCGGCUUCAAGGACCCGCGCGUCCUCCAGAGCAUGGUCAUCUGCAAGCAGCCCGGGAUCGGCGGCGCGGUGCCCAAUCACCAGGACUCGGAGUUCUUGUACACGGAUCCGCCGAGCGCGGUGGGGUGGUGGUUUGCGUUGCAGGACGCUGGGCCUGGGAAUGCUACCCUGGGCAUGUACAAGGGGAGUCAUUUGGGGGAGAGGGUGCGGAGGAGGUUUGUGAGGAAGAGUCAGGGGAGUGGCAGUGGGACCGAGUUUGUGAGGAAUGAGGGGGCCAAGAUGCCGAGGGGGUUGGAGCAGGAGGAGGGUACGGAUACUACUACUGCUGGGGUUGUGGAUGGGCAGGACGAGCUGGGCGCGGCGCUGGGCAAUGAGGACGAUCUGGAGGUUCUGGAUAUCAAGGCUGGCUCGUUGGUGCUCAUUCAUGGCAAUGUGCUGCAUAAGAGUGAGAAGAAUACCGGGCCGAGGAGUCGGUUCGCUUAUACGUUUCAUGUUAUUGAGGGCGCGGAGGGUUGGGUGUAUGAUGAGAGGAAUUGGUUGCAGCCGCCGGAGAGUGGGGAGGGGUUUUCGAGACUGUUUGAUUGUUUGGAGUGAUUGGACUGUGGCUGUGGUUGUGGUUGUGGUGGUGGUUGUGGUGAUUGGGUUACUUACUGGGGAUGGUGGGUGGUUACAGUAUGGGUUGUGUAUAGGAAGGGUUAUUAGGUUGGUGUAGAUAGGUGUAGUAGUAAAUCAUUUCUAACCCAAACUCCUUCCCAGGUAUCCGAAAAUAGAAUGC